AUGUCUGCGUCUCCGAUGCUUCAACACAUGUACAGUUUAGAUGAGAGUACGAUGGUAAAUUGAUUUUUUUGUUGUUGAAAAUUUGAAAUUAGGAUUUUUAUGAUGUGGCAAAGUAUCUGGCCACGUCAUAACAAUAAAUUUUCUGAGGUUCAAAAAUUAAAAAAAAAUAAAAUUUGAACUCCAGAAAUAUCCCAAGCUUCCCCACCCAAAAUCCCAUUUUCCAGUAUCGACAGCAGCGAAAACGACGUGCUGGAAUAUCAAGUGGUUCAACUACAGUAACCCGUGAUAUGCCAUUUGCCUGUGCUGGUGGAAAUGGUUUUAGCAGUGCUGGAGUGUCGAAUGGCAAAGGAUAUCCAACACUUGGCGGUAGAUCACCACAAUCUUCUUUUGAUUCGAAUCAGGAUGUUGCUCAGGUUAGUUUUUUAGAUAUCUUGGGAAGAAAUGUGGGAGAGGUUAGGAAAAUUAUGAAUUUUUGAAAGUUUUCGAAAUUUUGAUUCAAAAGUGUUCAUUGGUAAAAUCUACUGUUUCAAAAUUUUCAGAUAUUUUCUCAAUAUUUUUUUUAACAGCGCAAUGAUUCUGAGCCUGUAGAAAUAAUAAAUAAAAUUGUUUUAUAAAUAAAAAUCCACUGUUUCAAAAUACAGAUAUAUUUUCUGAAGCAUUUCUGGAAAUUUUGUGCAAUUUUUUUAGUCAUUUCAAUUUCAAUUUCUCUAAAAUUUUAAAUUUUCAAAAAGUAACUUUUUUCCUUUGAAACUUUAAAAACAAAAAAUUCUGAAUUUUUGAAAGUAACAUUUUUUUUCGAAAUUUCAAUUCAAAAGAAUCAAAAAUAGAUUUUUCAAAAAUCUACUGUUUCACAAUUUUCAAAUAUUUUCUCAAUAUUUUUUUCAAAAAUUGCUGAAUUUUGUUGUGCCUGUAGAAAUAAAAAAUAAAUUUUUUUUAUAAAUAAAAAUCAACUGUUUCAAAAUACAUAUUCAUUUUCUGAAGCAUUUCUCGAAAUGUUGUGCAAUUUUUUUAGAAUCAUUUGAAUUUCAAUUUCUCUAAAAAUAUUAAAUUUUCAAAAAGUAACUUUUUUCCAUUGAAACUUUAAAAACGAAAAUUCUGAAUUUUUCAAUAGUUAAAAAUUUACUGUUUCAAAAUGCACACAUACUCUUUCAAUUCUUCUAUCAAAUUUUCCGUCUCCCCUUGUUCCUUCAAAAAAAAACAAUUUCUGAAAUUCAUCAUUUCCUGACAAUUUUCCCAAUAAUAUUUACCAUGCACUUUUUUUUCAACGACGUGUCAAAAAGCCAUAUUUUUCCCUGUUUUCCUUUUUUAUUUCCGCGCUAUUCGAAAAAUAAACUGAACUGAAAAUGAGAAGAUAUUCAAAACUAGCUGAUUAUGAUCAGGUUAAUUACAAUUAAUUAAUUAAUUAGCAAAUUAAUUUUGUGAGUUAUAGAUUUCAAUGAAUUGGAUGCGAAUGAAUGGACUCGGCCCUUCACUUCGACCAUUUUUGAAUGGAAAUCAUACGCCGAAAAAGACGCAAAUUCAAAAUUCACAAUCGACAACACAAAUAUCGCGGAUUGGAUCGUUGAGAAGAAUGCAUGCGGCUGAAGCGAGUAUCGAUGGAAAAUAUUCGCUUUGUGGAACACAACCUGAUGUAUCGAUGUGUAUUGCAGGUAACGUGGAUUGGGGAUGUAUUUUUGAGGGGGGAGGGGUGUAAUUUCAAAGGGGAGGGUUUAAGAGAAUGUUUAUUGUGUGCAAUCCUAAUGGAAAUUAGAUCCCUGGAAAAUGUUGAGAUUUUUCAAACCAACCGGAAGUCCCGAUAAAUUUCAGAAGUCUGAAAAUUUUGAAUUUCAGUACAAAAAAUCAAAAAGCUCAUAAAUUUGUAAUUUCUUGACUCAAAAAUUUCCAAAACACAUUUUUUUUCUAAUAGAAUUUUUAUAAAUUCCCACAGAAAAUUCACAAAUCUUUGAAAGUUUGUAUCUUUUUUCCCUAUAAGCACAAAUUAAUUCAAUCAUUGAACAUUUUCAUUUAUUAUUCAUUGAAAAACUAUCGGAGGAUUCAUAUGAGUUUGAAUUUUGUUUUUGAAAGACAUAUGUGUUUUUUUCUGGAAGUUAGAUUUGUGUCACUAAAUCCGAAUUUUCAGUCGAAAACAAAAAUUGUCUAGAAUUUGUCUGAAAGUUCAUGUUUUUGUACUUUUCGUCGCACUUUUUCUGAUCUCUUGAAUUUUAUACAUUUUCAGAAACAUCAGAUUUUUGAAAAAUUGUAUGAUUGUAAUUUUGUAAAUCUUCAAAGCCCAUUUUUUAGAAACAAAAAAUUCACUGUUUCAAAAAUUGUACGAAUAAUUUUUUGAAAAUUGUAAAAAUGUUUAUGCUACUUUGAACUUUCUAUCAAAUUUACAGUUUCAAAAUUCACUCAAAAAAUUCACUGUUUCGAAAUUUCUUUAUCUACCCACUUCCAAAUUCUAUUCAAAAAAGUAAACUCUUCAAAAAAUCAUUCGACUGGAAAACACUUUGCAUAAAAAAAACCUCGAACACUUUUCAAUUCAGUGCAGGUUUUUUUGUCAAAUGACAUCAAAAGAUCGAAAAAGCAAUUUGAAAAAAUAAGACAAAAUUAAAUUCAGUGCACGUUUUUCCUAAUUAUUUAUGUCUCUCUUUUGUCUCUCCGUUUUAAGGAAAUUUUUCUAAAUAUUUUCCACAUCGUAAAAAAAUUUUGCACCUUUCGGACCUUUUUUUUGCUUCUCCGGAAACAAUUUCACUCAAAUGUGUCAUUCAGUCAAAGAGUACGCGCGUAAUUUGCUCCAAAUCUACGUGACCAAUCAACAAAAAUGGGAGGAGCAUCACGAGUUAAUAUUGCUCCAUGCGCGUCAGAAAUUCGAUAUCCCCGCUUUUUUUCUGAGAUUUUUUAGAUUUUAAGCUCAUUAUUAUUAUUAUUCCUCUUUUUUUUUUGUUGAAAGUGAGCAAAUAUUGCAUUUCAUUUUUUCGUAUUUAGGAUUACAUAGGAUUUUUUAAAGCUUUUUGAGAUUCUGGAAAUCUGGUUAUGACCUGGCAAAGGACCUUUAGAACAUAUUGAAUUUUUUUUGAAUUCUGAUUUCACAAAAUUGUUUGGAAAGAUCCAAUAUAGGGGUUGAGGAACAAAAUUUUGAAUUUUUCUGAAAAUUUGGAGCUUCAAGUUCAGAAUAUUUCCCUAAUGGAUCUUAAUUCAUCCGAAGAAAAAAUGAAUUUCGCGACAUUUUUUGUCGCGAAAUUGCAAUUCGCGAAACGACACGAAAUUAAUAAAAUAAAAGAGGAAAUUCUUUUUUCGUGUGUUGGGUCUCGCAGCGAUUACGUGUCCCUUUAAUAUUUCUCCUUUAUUUUUGUGUUUAUUUCGUGUCGUUUCACGAAUUGCAAUUUCGCGACAAAAAAUGUCGCGAAAUUCAUUUUUUCUUCAGAUGAAUUGAUCCAUAAAAUUCUUAAAAUUUUUUCUGAAAUCUCAGGAGCAAAUUUAUAUUCCACGUUAAUUCAAAAAUACUUUGCCACGUCAUAACUAUGUUUUGGAACCCUACAAUUUUUAUCUCUGUACUCUUUCAAAUUUUUUCUAGAAGUCUAUAAGCCACCAAAAAUCUUGAAAAUCAGCCAACUGGAAAGUUCACUUUCUCCCCGUCCUCAACCGCCAAAAAAAACCCCCAACUUGUUACCCGAAAAAUCUCGAAUUUCCGUGACAUCAGAGCACACAUCGUAAAUUAAUUCUGAAAAAAGUUUCGGAUUUCAUUCCGAUUUCUGUUCUCUCUUUUUCUUCUUCCUUCUGCAGAAAGAAAAAAAAAGAAAUAUGAGAUUAUCCGAAACUUUUUAGUUUGAACCUGAUCCUAAUUAGGUAAUGUGUUUAGUUUUGAGAAGAGAAGAGAACAUCAAAGUUCUUGAUGUCAUAAAGUUUGAGAUGAAAUGCUGUAAAAAUUAUUUUAUGGAAAACUUUUUUUUUGAGAAACCAAAAAAGCGGAGAUCAAAAAUCAUGGUUUCCAGUUCACGAAACUUGAAAUGAAUAAGAAAAUAUGGUUUCCUAAUCCGCAUUUUUGUAGGCUUCUGAGCUCAGAGAAUUUCCAGAAGAUUAGGGAUUAUGAGACACUGAAAAUUUGAAGAUUUUUGAUUUUUUGGGAAAAUUUUGAGAUAAAUUGUUUGGAAGCUAUGAUGAAAAUUAGGCCUGAAAAAAUGACUAAAAAAUGUUGAGCCCUUAGAAUUUUUGGUUUGAAAAUUUUGACAAAAUUCCAAAUCUGGAUAGAAAUUCUAUAGUGAAUCUUAAUAUUUUCGGAAAUUCUAGAAAAGUUUCUAGAAAAUUAGGACCAUUUCAAAAUUUUGUCUGAAAUAUUAACCCAAAAAAUUACUAGAAAGUUUUGAGCCCUCAGAAUAUUUUAUCUAAAAAUUUUGAACUUUACAAAUUUUUCAAAGUUGACAAACUAAAUUUUCUUGGAGCAUUUUCAGAAUUUCUAGAAUAUUCGGAUCGACUAGAACUUCUGAAAAAAUUUCAGAAUUUUAUUGAGCAAAGCAUUUUACCCAAAAAAUUACUAGAAAAUUUCAAUACGAUUUUUUGGUCUAAAAACGUUGAACUUCAAAAAUUCUUGAAAGUUCAAAUCUGAAUCUUUUUUCAGAAUUUCUAGGAGAUCCAAAAUGUUCUUGAAACCGAUGGAAAAUCUUUCCGGUUUUUAUUUUUUCAGAAAACCUCCCAUUUUCCAGCCAGAUUUUCCCACAUUUUUCCAUCUAUUUUAUUCGCUCUUCAGAAACAUGAGUAAUAAUUGUUUGCGCUCAUAGUUCACUCGAUUAUGUCGCUUUACUUUUUUCAUUUUUCAUUUUCUCCCACCCUUUUUCAUUUUUCAUAGAAUUACGUAGGCAUAAUCGAGAUGAUCUUCUUAUUUUUAGUACAAUUUCUGAAUUCGUGUGAGUUAGGAAAUCCGGAAAUUGAGGAGGGAAAAGGGAGGAGCAUCAUAUAUCUUUGAGAUGAAAAAAAAACAGCUCGGCCUCAUUCUCACUGAGAAUUUCUCAGUUGCCAGACAAUAACAACCAACUCAUCAAUUUUUUGACAUGUUUGUGAUUUUCAAUACAUUGCUCAUCCUAAGCAACAAAUUCGUUUUUCAAUCUCGUCGCAUCAAAAACCUCUGCAAUUGACAAGUCAAGUUCAUACACAGAUCCCCUAUUUUUUUUUCCUUUAAUUUUUGAAAAUUCUCUAGCCCCACAUCUCUCGCCGCUUCCAUUUAAUGAACUCUCUCCACUCGCCUCGUUUUUUAGUUAUUUUCAGCUGAAAAUGAGACAGCAGCCGAAGGCCGCAGUCACAUUUUUCUAAUCUAAUUUAUUUUCAAUUUUGUGAAUGAGUGGAGCGAUAAAAAGGUGUACAUGUAGCGUUUUUGUCGAAAUUUUUUUUACAUAUGAUCUUUGAUUUCUGAAAUUUGAAAAUAGUGGCUUUAGUGGUUUUUGAGGUGUUAACAGUGCUUCAAAAUUUUGAAAAGGGCUGAUUCAAGAACGAAAAAAAUGUUUAAAAAUGUUUUUUUAACAUUGAAAGAUCAAUUCACGAAAAGUCAAAAAAUGUCGAAAAAAACAAUGUAGGUCAAAAUUAGUUUUUCGAGUUUUUCAGCCAAAAAUGAUGACAAAUCGAUAUUUUUCAAGCUUCUGGAGUGAUUUCUGAUGAAAAUAAGCUUCUAGAACCCUAUUUUGCUUUAUUUCAUGAUUUUUUUCGAAAUUCAUCAAAAUUUUAAAUUUUUUUAUUUUACGAAAAAUCAGCAAAACCUUCUGGAAAGUGAAUUCCAAGGUCAAUUUUCAUCAGAAAUUACUCCAGAAGCUUGAAAAAUAAUGAUUUGUCAUCAUUUUUGGCUGAAAAACUCGAAAAACUAAUUUUGAUCUACAAUGUUUUUUCGUGAAUUGAUUUUUUUUUCUCGUUCGUGAAUCAGCCCUAUUGUGUCAGGCGCGGAAUUUUUCGCGGGUAGUAAAUUACCGGCUGAACAUUGGUUAUGACGUGGCAGAGUUCUGGGAAUUUGAACUUUCGAAAUAACUUCUAAGAAAAUAUCUUCUUGGAAAAUGCAAUUUUGCUCGAAAAUUGCAAGUUUUAGAGCAAACCAUGCCCUUUUCAAAUUCCUGAAUGUAAGUUAUGACGUGGCAAAAUCGUAUAUUUAGAAUCUUUGCCACGUCAUAAAUUAUUUUUUAUUUUUAAAUCAGUUUUGCUAAAAAGCAUCUUAUGAUCUUCUCCAAAACAUUUCUCUUCCGGAAAUUCGCCACACUUCCGAUUAUUCCUGGUCAGACAUAAUUUGUUCCGCGCAAAAAUUUCAGACAAAAAAUUGUGCUUUGAGAAAAGUGCGCUAUCUACAUAAUCGUUCUUUUCCUUCUUCAUUCCAUCCAUUCCAUUUUUGUUUUUGAACCGAAAAAAACGAGGAACAUUUAUCAAAUUGAACAAGAAGCUCAUAUUUUUUCCUGAUGUGUGUGUGUGUGUUUUUGUUAUUCUCUCUUUUUUUUUCUUACGCCUCGUUUACCAGUUGCUAUGAGACUUUGUGUCAUCAUAAGAUAGGGGGGAUAAUCUUUACUUAUUAUAUUUUUUUUUAAUAUCUUACUUAUCAUUUUUCGUCUCUUCUCUUAUAAGAUUUUGUUGAAUAGGCGAAAAAUUCUGUUCGAAUUGUCACCGAGUUUUUUCACCAACAAGUCGCAUCAGUCGACGACGACACCAUCAACGGCCACAACAACACCGACAACCGUACCGAUGCGCGCAACACAUUCCACCUCAAGUAUUGUUGCACCGCGCGAAACACAACUUGGAUCAACAUCGCCGAGUCAAGAGCAUGCGCCGAAAUCGAUCCUUCGAGCUCCACGAUUGACUACAGCUCCCAAACAACUGUCCUUCGAUGUUCCACCAUCGCCAAGUCCAACACCAAAGAGCUCGUGUGUUAGCGCGUCGGGAAGUUAUCAUAUGUUUGAACGGCCGAAUCGAUUGCGAGCCGGGAAAUUGAGUUAUGGUGGAUUGAGCAGUAAUGUGCAUCAUUCGCCAUAUUCAUUGAAUGGUGGAUCGCCGAUUCCAAGAGAUCCAUCAAAAUGGAGACUUGCUGAUGUCAAACAAAGAUCGAAUUCCGAAUCAAUGUUUCGAAUGUAUGAUCCGGAAUUUUUGGCGAAUGGAGGAAGACGGAUGAGUAUGGCGUAUAUACCAUCAAGAGAACAGGCGUUGCUGAGAAGAAUUCUUGGACCACAAGGACUUUCGUGGAUCUCAUAUGAUCGUUAGUGUUCCCAAAGGCCUCUAAUUUUUGAUUGACACUUAUUUUGUGUUGCUAGAAAAUUUUGCCAAGUCCCAGCGGACCAAUCAUUUUGUGUGUGUGUGUUCCUUUUUUAUUCGAACGAGGAAAACGUUCUGUGUUGCAGACAAAAAGGCAUUUCGAGGAAAAAAUUGAAAAUUUUCUAUCCAGAAAAUCUGAUUCUUCAAGAAUUUCCGAAAUUUUCAGGAAUUGCUCAUGUCAUACUGAUUUUCUGGAAAUUUUCAGGCCGAAACUCUUGAAACACAAAAUUUAUUGCAUAUUUUUAUGAAUUGCUCAUGUUAGCCUCAUUUUUCAGAAUAUUAGAUUUUUGAACAUAAAAUCAAAUGUUGGAGGAUUGCUCAUGUUAGCCUAAUAUUUGAAAAAAAAAUUCCAUAAGUGAAAAAAUCGAUUAACAUGAGCAAUUACUGCUUUCUGGAAUUUUUUAGACAAAAAUUCUUGAAAUCCAAAUUUUGUUGCAUCAUUUUUUGGAUUGCUCAUGUUAGCCUAAUUUUUGAAAAAUAAAUCCCAAAAGUGAAAAAAUCGAUUAAAAUGUUAUAACUGAUUUACUGGAUUUUUCAGGAAAUUCUUUUAGAAAAUCUUUGAUUUUUGAACAUUUUUAUGGAUUGCUCAUGUUAGCUUAAUUUUUGAAAAUUUUAGAUUUUUGAGCACAAAAUCAAAUGUUGGAGGAUUGCUCAUGUUAGCUUAAUAUUUCAAAAAAAGAUCCAUGAGUAAAAAAAUCGAUUAACAUGAGCAACAACUGCAGACCUAAUCAAAAAUAAAUAUUUCAGGUGAAACUGCGUCACGAAAAUCAGUCUCAAUAGCCUAUUCAAAUGAUAUUGAAGCUGGUGGAAAAGGCGGAGGAAAUGGAGAUGAUUCGACAGUUCCACUCAUGGAUGAUAAAGAUGAAAAUUCGGGUGGAAGAUUGAUAAAACGUGAAAUAUUGCAUGAAAGACGACGAAUUGUUUGUGAUCGAGCAUUAGGUUUUGCGAUUAUUGGAAUCAUGUUGAUGAUUAUUGAAAAUGAAUUGACUUCUGCUUAUCAGUUUGAUGAGGUUUGUUAAAUAGAAACUGUUUUCUCUCAAUAUGGAUGAUUUUUUCUUCAGAAAUUCGACCAUAAAAUGAAAAACUUCCACUCAAUCUUGAGCAAAACACUCGGUUUACUGAUAGUUGCCACAACUGCCGCACUUUUAUCAUUUGUUGGAUAUUUUCAUGUGAUUGAAAUUCAACUUUUUAUGAAUGCAAAUGCGGCGGAUGAUUGGAUGGUUGCACUAACAACUCGGCGAAUUGUCCAAAUAAUUGUCGAGAUUCUAGUCUGUCUACUUUGCCCACUCCCGUUUGAUUUGAUGCAUCUUUGGGAUAUUGACAAAACCACUUCGAGACAUUUCAAUAUUUUUUUAUCGAUUGCCAUGUUUUUUCGAUUGUAUUGGGUUUGUCGAGUGAUGCUGUUACAUUCAAGGUAACCUUUUUCAUUCUUGCAACUCUGAUUUAUCUAAAAAUUUUCAGAUUAUUCACUGAUGCGAGUAGUCGAAGUAUUGCUGGUUUGAAUCGUGUGAAUUUCAAUGCCCGAUUUAUUUUGAAAACUUUGAUGACUUUGUGCCCGGGAACAAUGCUUAUGAUAUUUACUGCAUCACUUUGGGUAAUUGCUGGAUGGAUUUUGAGACUUUGUGAACAAACAAAUUCAUCAGAAAUUAAAAAUAUGGGAUAUGUUGAUUCGAUUUGGCUAGUAGCCAUCACAUUUCUCUCUGUUGGCUAUGGUGAUAUUGUUCCGAACACAAAUUGUGGUCGAACAAUGGCACUUGUCACUGGUAUUCUUGGAACAUGCGCUUCUUCGAUGGUUGUCGCUGUAAUUGCGCGGAAACUUGAGUUGACACGAGCUGAGAAACAUGUGCACAAUUUCAUGCAGGAUACUCAAUUGACGAAACAGUUGAAGCAUAGUGCGGCGAAUGUUUUGAGAGAGACUUGGUUUAUUUAUAAAUAUCGGAAGUUGGUGGAUAAAUGUGAUUUUGGAAAGGUCAGACAGCAUCAGAGGAAAUUCUUGGUGGCGAUUUAUGAGUGAGUUUUUUUUUUGAGAUCUGACACGAUCUUAGAAUUUUUGAUCUACAAGAAAAAACUGAAAGUUAGUAGUUCUGCAGAGUUUCAGCAAAAGUUCAAGCCAAAUUUCAAAAAAAACAUUUCAGAAUGCGACGGGUAAAAAGAGACCAAAGAAAAUUGGCGGAAAAUCUUGUGUCACUCGGAGAUGUCGCCAAAACCUCAUCAAACACCUAUGAACUUGUUCACGAUGUUCAUUCAACACAAGAAGGUCUAUCUCUACGAAUAACUGCUAUUGAACAUCAAUUGUCGGAUAUUUCAAGAGAGCUUUCGAAUUUAACUGAACUACUGAGAGGUAGUGUGAUUGUCGCAUCGGUUCGUUUUUGCUUUUUGGUUUGAUUUGAUUUUUUUCGGGGGCUGACUAUAUGAGUGAUUUUUUUUGAGAGAUGAGAGAGACAAAAUAUGAUUUCGCUUUUUCGUAUUUGAUGUGUUCUUUGAUUUUUUGCACUUCUUUUUUUCAAGAAAAAAAAAUGAAAAAAUGCAUUUCAUUUCCAAAAAUUCAAAUUUUUUGCAGGAAAUGAACAACGAAAGAAGAGCGUUAUGA